AUGUCCAAACCGAUUUCUAUCUCCCUCGCCGCUCCAAAACUUCCCGUCGCCUCCAAACAACCCCUGAGCAAGAAACGCCCGGCAGCAAACCUGGACUCAGACUCAGACGACGAUGACAACAACCACCGCGAGAAAGUGCACGUGAUAACCGCGUUCGACGCUGCUCGUGGUGGUGCGGUGGGUGAGGAACCUGAGGAGGAGGAAAAGGGACCACUGGUCAUCAGCACGUUGAAGAACCGUGAUUGGAGGGCUGAAGCCGAGCGGAGGAGAGGGAGGGGGAGUGUCUGGUUACCCCCGGAGGCGUUCGCGGGCCACGCGGAGGGGGAGGGGGAGGAAGCGAUGGAAGUGGAUACGGGCGCGGGGGUGCACUACGGAUUGCAGGUUUUUCAGAGACCUACGGAGGAUAACCGAACCCCACCACCUCCGCCUCCAGAGCAGGCUGGGGGGGAAGCCGUGGAGGAAAAAACGGAGGAAGAACAAGCCCUCGCCGCGCUCCUCUCCAAUUCUUCAAAACCCCCCUCAACAACACUGAUCCUCCCCCCCUCCUCCUCCGCCGGAAAUGCCGACUGGCGCGACGAGCAACAAGCUUACAAAUCCGACGUGGCCUCCCGCCCGGACGUGCCCACCCUGGACGACUACGCUGCUGUCCCCGUUGAGGAGUUUGGCGCGGCGCUGCUACGGGGAAUGGGUUGGCGGGAAGGGAUGGAACUUGGCGCGCGCGGAGGCUCAGCGAAGCAGGCUAAGCUUCGCACCGUGGAAAAACGACCCGCCUUCCUGGGAAUCGGAGCGAAAGCAAAGGAGGAAGUGCCCGAACUCGGCACUUGGGGCAAGGCCGAUAAGUCCGGGAGGAAGCGGGGCGGUAAGAGGGUGGAUACUACGUAUGUUCCUGUAGUACUGGUCGAUAAGAAGACCGGCAGGGUCGUUGAUGAGUCUGCGGUGGUGGAGAAUGGGAAGGGUGCGGGCAGUGGUGGUGGUAGUAGUGGUGUGGAUAGGGACCGCUGGGAUGGAAGAGACCAAGAGCGUGCUCGUGAUGAUCCGGAUCAUCGUCGGCGGGACCGCUCCCGGGAUCAUCGGGAUAGCCAUCGUCACCAUAACUAUCAUCAUAGAGAGCGCGACCGUGAUCGUGACCGUCAUCGCGAACGUGGGGAGAAGUCGCACAGGAGCAGGGAUGAGCGGGAUAAUCGUAGGAGGAGUCGAGAUAGAUAUGAGAGGAGGGAUAGACGUUGAUGGCUACUAAAUUCCUCUUUUGGAUAUUUGUUUUCUGUACUUUUUUUUCCCCUCUCCAUUCAUCGCCUAACUUGUUUCCGUCUACUGGUUGGUAUCCUGUGUUGUAUCAUGUUCACGGAAAAUCACUCGGCGGGAUUAUCAGUUAUGAAGGUUCGGUCAGAUUAAUCAAAAAUAUUGUACAAACGAACGAACGGAAAGAAGAGAGAAAAAGAACUUUUUAUA